UCCCCUAGCCACUAUCCCCUAGCCACUAUCCCCUAGCCACUAUCCCCUACCCACUAUCCCCUACCCUACCCACUAUCCCCUUCCCUACCUACUUUCCAAAAACUUAACAAGCUGCUGUGAAAUUUAGAAGGCGGUGUAGGUACAUUGUGAAAACGAAAACAAGAAAAAAAAACUUUAAUGAUUUAUUAAUAAAUUAAUACGAAAAAGAGUAAAGGAAAAACAACUAUCAGUUCUGGGUUGUAACUAAAAUGAUCAAGUGAAUCUACAGAUUUAAAUAUAAAGGAAAUCCCCUAAUAGUUUAAAAAAAUGGAUUUUAAAUCUAUCACAAUAUUAUUUCAACUUUUACCGCAGGUUUUCUAAAUUAUCAAAGACACAUUUUAAAGGCUCUUUACACCAGAGACCUUCCAUUAUGUUGUCAUGGAAACAGAAUGUCUGGAACGAUUGUUAUUAGGAUCUUUGGAUUUUUUUAAAUAUAGGACUCAAAUUUCAUUGUCUUAAUGGUUUUCUAGAGAUACAAGCACUUUAUGCAUUUCUUCUAGAUAUAAGAUUAAAAAAACAAAAAUAACCUGGUUAGCGAAAUAUCUUUAUAGCCCUACAAGACUAAACUAGAAAUUAUCAUUUCAUAAUUAGUCGAUGAGUCUAUUAGUCGAUGAAAGUAAUAACAGCAGACAUCUUCCUAUAGCCUGUAGGCUUUUGGCCAUGGUAUGCAAACUUCGUGUUUUCGGAAAAACUAUCAAAGCCUACAAGUAGGCUAUCUUCCUAAAGAAACAAAAUUACACUUUUUGCCCGAUUCAUGUCGUUGUAAAUUAUUUUAAAAUUCCUCAUAAAAGAUACUCUUCCCCUCUAAGUCUCCUCUCAAGUCAUAUGAGGUAUCGAUAAAUGCUGCUGUGGUAAAUUUUGGGUAGUCGGGAGCUAUAUGGAUCUGAAGUUAUUUCUACUGUUAUGAGGUAUUUGACACAAGCUCUCUAAAUAGCAAAAAUCCUUGUCAUGCAAACAAGUAGUACACGAGUCAUAGGGUUCUAAAGAGAAUGGGACCACGGUAUAACGACACCCAUGGCAACAAUCUCUGCAUCGCGAAUUCGUAUUGAGACAUCUUAAAAAUAUAUUUUGCUCCAAUUAGAGUGGCUUGUAGCUACACGUCACAAAAUGCACGAAUUAUACCUCCUAGAAUUGCUCAUUCAGAUACAUUAUCUACCCACUUCAGUCACGAAUACUUCCUUUUUGUUUAGAAGACGCUUUUUUGGAUCGACGCUACAUCAAGCCACUGAAAGCACUCAAACCGGAGAUGAUCAACAACCAUUGAAAUGAACGCCAGUCUCAAUGGUACAAGUAGCCCCACGUUGCCUAGCGACCCUUUAUGGUAUGUGGUGCUGAGCUGGAUGCUCGCGGGCGUCAUCUUCGUUGGGAAUGGGACAGUCAUGUAUCUUAUCAUUACUCGGCGACGCCUGCACAUCACGAACAACUACUUCAUCUUCUCCCUGGCCGUCUCCGAUAUCGCCACUGGGCUAUUCAUCAUUCCAGCAACCUUCACGUGCAAAACGGUCGCCCAGAGCGGGUUUCAAUGUGACUGGGCCGCCACCUACGCUGUUUUCAACACGUUCUUAUUUGCGUCUGUUGCUAACGUAUGCUCUAUGACUCUGGACAGAUAUAUCUCUAUUGUCAUUCCUUUGAGGUACUUCAUGUACAUGACCAACAAGGCCGUUGUGUGGAUUCUAAUAGUCACCUGGGGAGUACCAUUCCUUAUCGCGUUUAUUCCUCUGAUAUGGUCGUAUAACCCUGUUUUAGCGCCGCUCGCGAGGAAAAUCUUCGACCCUAUUCAGAUCCUAGUGUUUGUUAUUCUCCCCAUCUGCCUAAUGCUUCUCGUGUACGCCCGGAUCUUCGUGAUAGCGCGGCGCAUCUCCAAGCAGACAAGCCAGACCCAGAACCAGCUUCGUUAUAACGACAACAAUAGCAAUAUCAAUGGCAAUGUCAACCGUAAAGAACGCAGAGAAAGGCGUAACCGCGAGGGAUCAGUUGGCGUCAUAGGCGCUGUCAUCAUCCUGUUUGCCAUCUGCUGGGUCGUUCCCAUUUACGACAGCAUGUGCACCGUGUACAAUGUAUGUAAGAACAUACCCUUACACAUACCGCAGACAUUUUUGCACAUCAAUUCUGCUAUAAACCCAAUCGUGUACGCGCUCCUCAAGAAGGACAUAAAGAUCGAGAUGACCCGACUGUUUCGUUCGAGAAGCGCAAGAUUGGGUGGAAGCUGGGACCGUGAGAACUCCUCGUAUUCAACCACCGCAAUGACACCUAAAGCAGCUAAUUGAAGCUGAUAAUACGGAGCGCGAUUAAAAAGUCUCUGCCAUUCGCCAUUUUGUCAUCCUAGAGGAAUACCAAAUGUGAAAAAGCAUCCAUUUCAAUCGGCUUAUCUGGGAGUGACUGCGAUAUUUUCGAUUGAAUUUGGUAAAUGAAGUACAAAACUUUGCUUUCAGAUGGUUAUCUAGAGACUUUUCAAGAUCUGUCUUUCAAAAUUGAAUGAAAGCAAUAACAAAGGUGGCCGAGUAUGGCUCUUUAAGCCGCUAUUCGCUACUUAGUGUAGAGCAGAACACCAUUAACUAGGAGCGGACGCAGAAAUUCCAAAAAGGGGGCUAAAGCGAGCAUAUUUCUUGUUAUAGGGUCAGGCCCAGCUAGACCCACCCCUGUUAACUUGAUUCAAGGGAAAAAGACAGUUUGAGCUAUCCGAACUCAAGUUAGCUGGAUUUUAAAUCUAAUUACUUAUGAACCUUUUUUUUGAGUGAGUUCCAUCACACAUAUAAAGUAACAAUGUUCGUGUUUUUUAUAUUAAGAUAUGACUAGAACUUUCUCGCAAUUUAUCUUGUUUCAAAGUUAGCGAGUUUUGCUGUAUACAUUUGUACACAUCAAAUUUUUAACAACUAAAUUGUAAAUUUUCAGUUGAGGCUGGGUCAUUCUUAUUUUCGGAGCAUUUAAGGGCCGCCCGAGUAUCAGGCGAUUUUAUUUUUUAAAGGUCGGAGAGGAAAAAUAAAACUCUUUUAUCGUCCUGGUAUAUACUUCAUAGGGAAGGAUAAAAGGGACUGGGACUCAGGCUAAAAAUGUUCUUAAUUUCAAUGUAUAAAAAAUAAUACCCAAUAAAGUACUGGAAUAUGAUUGAACAAAAUAAUGAUCACUACAAAUAACACCCAUGGUUGUUAUUAUAAUUAAUAUAUCCCACUAAUAAAACAAAUUUUUGUUGCUA